AUGUCAGUUAGGAGCCAAAUUCGAAGAAUGUCAACCAAACUGCCUACUCACAAUCCCUACUUCAAGCUCUCCGGAAAGGAUAUCUGGACUCUGAUCAACGAGACUGCCGCACAGGCCGAGGCCGAUACUGGCAAGAAAGUAGUGAAUCUGGGCCAGGGAUUUUUCUCCUAUUCGCCUCCUCCCUUUGCGAUCCAAGCCGCCAAGGAUGCUUUAGAUAAUCCAAUGGCAAAUCAGUACUCACCCUCAAGAGGUCGUCCCUCAUUGGUCCAAGCGCUUUCCAGAACAUUUUCCCCCUUUUAUGGAAGAACUCUCACUCCAGAUGAGAUUGCCGUAACUACUGGAGCCAACGAGGGUAUGUUCAGUUGUUUCGUGGGCUUUUUGGAGCCAGAAGAUGAGGUGAUUGUGUUCGAGCCCUUUUUCGACCAGUACAUCCCCAACAUCGAACUGGCCGGAGCGAAGGUGGUGUACGCCCAGAUACACCCACCAAAGGACUUCGACACAAGAACUGUCGAUGGAGACGAAUGGUUCAUCGAUUUUGAGGAGCUGGAGAGUAAGAUCACAGCCAAGACCAAGAUGAUUGUUUUGAACAGUCCCCACAACCCAAUCGGAAAGGUGUUCACUCGCGAGGAAUUGCUCAAGAUUGGCGAGUUGGCGAUCAAGCACAACCUCUUGAUUAUCUCAGACGAAGUCUACGAGAACUUGUAUUACAAAAAGCACAUUCGUGUCGCUACUCUGUCGCCAGAGAUCGGUGAGCGUACGCUGACUAUUGGGUCCGCAGGAAAGUCUUUUGCAGCUACUGGCUGGAGAAUCGGCUGGGUCAUUGGAUCCGAAAAGUUGGUUCCUUAUGUCACUGCUGCACACACUAGAAUCUGUUUUUCUUCUCCAUCGGUAUUUCAAGAGGCUGUUGGUUCUGCCUUUGAUCAGGCUCUCACUAAUGGCUAUUUCGAGAAGACGAGGCAAGAGUAUCUCCACAAGUACGCCAUUUUCACCAAGGUCUUUGAAGAACUUGGGUUGCCUUACACCAAAGCGGAAGGUGGCUAUUUCCUGUUGGUCAAUUUCAAGAAGGUGAAUGUUCCCGAGGAUUACGAGUUUCCUCCGGACUUCCAGACCAGGGCCAAAGACUUCCGUCUUGCCUACUGGUUGAUCCGUGAGUUUGGUGUUGUAUCGAUCCCUCCUUCCGAAUUUUACCUCGAGGAGCACACCCACGUUGUCGAGGACUGUCUUCGUUUUGCAGUUUGCAAGGAUGAUCAUCUGUUGGAGGAAGCAGUUGAGAGAUUGAGAGGACUAAGCAAGUAUAUAAAUUGA